CGUACGGAGACAAUUUAAACCUUCCGCCCUAUUCAGGUUUAGGGUAGUCAAAUGUGCUUUUAUGUUUGUGUUUGUGUUGGUAAGGCUUUCCAGGAUUAUAUGUAACAUGAAAAAUCCUGAUUCUGUCGAACAAUUUAUUUCUGUCUUUUGGGUGGUUGUUUCUUGUCAGCCUAACAGUGCAGUUGUGGUUGAGACGUCUGAAUCUCAUCUUCUGACUCCUGGGUCUGAUCUCCUCUUCACUUACUUCAGUUUAAGCUUCUGAAAAGUGUUAUUAGCUGCCACACCUAUUUUUUUGGUCGGUUUUUAAGUAUCUGAAGAAUGAGUUGGUCUGAAUUCUAGAUGAAACUAUAAUUUAUGAACGACACUUAGGCGACGCUAAAGUGAAAUUGAAAGUGUCCACCUACUUACUUGUGUUAAUUGAGGUUUACAAACCAGUGUGAGCUAUUAGGAUUAGAAUUUAUGUUUAGAAUUUAGGGUUUGGAAUUAGAGUUGGGGUCUUCAUUAUGAACUGACAUCAGCUACAACGCCAAAAUGUAUUUAGCCACAUGAAUGAGUGAAUUUCGUUCCUGAAUCUAAGACUAGUCAUCUUAAAUACGAUCAGUUCGUCCGUAAAUUAUGAUAUCGCUCCUAACGCAGUGUGACUGUAGCUGUAAACACGUUAUAGUCCUACAACCAAUGACUUCAUCAAGUAGUUCCACUUUUUGGUUUGACCACUCAUCUGUUCUUCACAUUAGUUUACAGCAACCAGCUCCUCCCGUAUCUGGGCUAUGGUGAUAUUUGCCUUAAUAGUCAGUUAACGAGGACUUAAUCUUAUCAGUUUACUUCUUAUUUUUACUCUUCACAAGGAAAUAUAAAGCAAUUACUGAUUGUUGAGAAUCUAUAACUGGGAGAUUUAUUGCGAUUUUCGCACAGUCCGAGUAUUUGGGCUAGUUCCCAUAUUAAAUAUACUCUGUACUGGUAGAAUCAUAUUUAUCCAUACAACGGUAACAUUUCUUAGUAAGACACUUCAUAAGCUUAAAAUUUCGUUCGUUGUAAGUAUCUAUCACUACAUAUUCAAAGGAGUUUCACAAUGACCCGAUUACUAUCAAAUCCAAAGUAAGAUGGUAUGGCAGUUUAUUAAUACAACAAAUUUCAAGUUUAUAGCACUUUAAAAUAAAAAUAUUUGAUCUUGACUUUUCUUUUUUUUUAGUCCCAACUGCUGUUUAAUGGGCUAGUGGAAGUGAAUAUUGUUAUUCUCCAUACACAAAGGCAUUAAACCAGACGAUAAAAAAAGCACACUAGAAAAUUUGUUCCAUAUGUUCCUACUUUGAAGCAAUUUCCUUCAGAAUAGUUACUAUAUAACUAUGGAGUGCUUCUGCCACUGUUAUGUCUGGAUACCAUUUUUUAUUUUGCUCCAAGGGAUUUGUGAGGCUUAUACACAACAAAAAUUACUUGUAAUAUCUUUAGAUGGUUUCAGUCAUAAUUAUCUAGAUCGUGCUAAGCUUCGGAAUGUCAACAUUUCCUCUUUUGAACGGAUUUGGAAGACCGGAAUACGUGUUAUGAAAGUACAUAAUGAGUUUAUUACUCGAACAGGACCAAAUCACUUAUCGCUGGUCACUGGGAUGCAUGAAGAGAGUCAUGGUAUUGUUGAUAAUGUGUUUUAUGAUCCUGAGCUUAAUGAUACUUUUGACUUGAGUAAUACGAGGCAUUUAUCACAAUUAAAGUGGUUUGAUGUUGGGUCUGAACCAAUUUGGGUUACAAAUCAACGUCAUGGUCAUAAAAGUGCUGUUACGUUUUGGCCAGGGAGUAGUACACCAUUCAAAGGACAAUUACCUAGUUUUUAUUAUUCCCAAUAUAACCAUCAACUUCCUUUAGUUGAUCGAAUUAAUCAAACCAUUAAGUGGUUAAAUUUAGAUGAAGUGACACUUGGUCUAAUAUAUUUUCAUGAACCUGACUCACAGGGUCAUUUGACCGGACCUGACUCUGUCGAAAUUUUUAAUGUUAUCGAGAAGUUAAAUGAUGAUAUUGGGUACUUACUGUCUUUAAUUGAUACUAGGCCAUCUCUAAAAUCAUCACUUAACAUUAUUUUAACAAGUGAUCAUGGAAUGUCUGGAGUGGAUGCUAACAGAAUAAUUAUUCUGCAUGAUUAUAUCAACGAGAGCAUGUAUUAUAGUCCGGGGUCAGAGGAUCGUGUGUUUUGGUCAUUAUGGCCAAAAGAUGGGAGCUCAUCUAUUAAUCUCUACAAAAGACUGGUCGGAAAACAUCCAAAGAUGAAUGUUUUUUUGAAGGAUAAUAUACCUAUUCGUUUACACUACUCGAAUAAUCGACGAAUAAGCCCAGUGGUAGUUUAUUCGGAGCCUGGGUGGACAAUCGUUAGAUCACGAAAAUCGGUUGCGAAAUUUAGUAAGUAUAGUAUUUUAAGUAUUGAUAUGCGAGUCGUCUUACUUGUUUUGGUUACAUAAACAGCUUCAUUUGAUUUUAUUAUCCUAAAAUUUUUCCAAUUUCUGGUAUAAACUAUUCUUGUUCAACUUUUAAAAAUCAAAUUGGUUGUGUUAGCCAAAAUCAAAAGUAUAAAUGAAGGAAGAUAGGUACUCGGAUGAUUCCUUUAUAUUUUCAUCUAAAAUUGAUAAUAUUAAACUCCUGCUUGCUGCAUUGCAAAAUCUGUUAUCUUAUGACCAUUCGUAUUUUUUGAACAAUAAAAGUGAAUCAUAGAACUACUAUCGAUUGUUUUGAAGAUUUCAAGCUAAGAUACGUUUAUGCAUAAGCCCAUUUUUCACGUAUGCCUGGACUUGAGUACGUUCAAGAAACAGUUAUAGAGUUUGUCUUAUCAAUCAGACAGUAAUGUAGAGCCCGAAGCAAAUAUGCAUCGUUCAAAGUUCACACGCAAUAUGAACACAGUGAGAUGAAAUUAUCAAAAUGCAUACCAAAGUAUCAGUGGUAGCAAAAAUACUGGGUUUAAAGGAAGUAAUUUGCUGUAAAGAAUGUAUUCGCGGAACAAAAAGUAUUGAGUUUUUAGACAUACGUUUUGGGAGUAAACAAGGAGUGAAUACAUCUACUCCAUUUCGACCAAUUCCGAGCUAUUUUACCCAAGGUUUACAACAUAUAGCCACAUUGUUCAUACCAACCCCAACCUGCCAGUAUUCACCUGUCGUUCUGUCUAAGAGUAACAGUCAAAAUUUUAGAAGCUCAAAUUGAUCAUUUCACUUAAUCAAAUCUUUAAUAUAUCUAGGUCUUGACAUCCCAUCUGUUCACAUAUUUAUAGUGGUAAAUAAAGUCACUUCUGUCUUAUUGCUUCAGGCACUAUUUUGAAAAAUGGGUCACAACUUCGAACUGUGCAUCAUCUGUUCAGUCUUGGGCAGUCAUUUGGCGUCAUUAACGUUUAUAAGAAGUAUGGAUCAUAGGUUAUAGUCUCUGUGUCAUAUUUUUGAUAUGAUGAGAUAGAAUUAGGUUCAACAGUUAGGACUUAAUCCAUUGGGUAGUGAACGACCCGAAAAAUUAAUACUGGUCAAUCGUUUAUAAUAUUUAGUCGUGUUAUUCCCCUGUUAAUAAUUUUUAUAUGAAUAUACUAUUCGAUCGCAAGAAAAACUCGUACUUUUGUCUAGCGGCCUUAAUUUAAACUACAAAUUAUUCAAGGACUUACAUCAAUAAUUCGGUCCUGUGAAAAUUCAUUAUUGUACUACAUUGUAUUGUAUCAUCUAUCGAUCCGUAUUCUUUUGAUCCUUCUUAGCCAUUGGAAAUUUCAACAAAUCAUAUAACCUCACCUUAUGAUAACUUCAUUUAUUCUCGAUAAAUACGUUGAUAGUAGGUCGUCAGAUGUAAUUGAACCUUCUAACAUUCAAAUAUUUAUUCUGUGAUUAAUAAGGCGAUUCAUUUAGUUUUGACACUACGCUAUUCACCUUAAUACAAUUACUCAUUAGAUUUCAAUCUCCUGGUAAAUUCUAUCUAGUUAUAUAUUGGAUUCAUUCAGUAAUGCUCCUUGUUUACUGUAUUUCAGCUAAACGUGGAGAUCAUGGUUAUGAUCCGGACCAUGAUGAAAUGUCUCCAUUCUUUCUAGCUACGGGACCAGGAUUCAGGAGCACGAUUGUUGGUGGCGGUCAAAUAAUUAGUUCUAUUCAUCUGAUUGAUAUUUAUCCACUGAUGUGUGCCUUACUCAAUUUAAAUAAACCAGCUCCAAACAAUGGUAGUUUAUCACGUGUGAUGUCACUCCUUCAUGAUGGUAGUGGUGUUAAUGUCUACUUCUCGAGUUUUCUGGAUAUGUUCACUGGUUAGUUUAUUCAAUAGUUUGCUCGAAGUUAUUUGUCAAUUACCGCGCACAUACAAUGUUGACAGAUUCUCAUCUACUGCUUUGUAAUUGUUACAUUUUCCCGUGUUAGAGAUGCUAGACCCCCAGAAAUCACCUGAUAAACGUCUUAUUUCUGUAGUUUUUGGAAGUUUGAAUUUCCCGUUUUCGCGCUAAAAGUGCCCAGUUUUACCUUUAAAUUGUAUUUCCCACUUGGAAGGACGGUAAAUGUCAUUGACUCGUUGCCUGUUUUAAUACGCUAUUUUAUGAUGAAUAUGUAUACUUGGUUUUUCGUGCUUCUGGCUGCUUCUAGAUUAUACAUUUUCUUUAUCUGAACCAAGUCUUCUCCCUGGAGUAGCAGGGCUGGGACGCAUCGGAGUAAUUAGUUUGUUUUGUCUUUGUGUCUCUGACCCUUCGUUCCGUCCGCCGAUUUUAGGUGAUCUCAUGAUCUCUUCAAACAUAACAUUCCCUAUUCUCCACAAGUUAUUUAAAUCCAAGUAUGUGUGGUUCACUUCUAAAUCCUCAGUAUAACUCGAGUCUUCACCAUCACGUUCUCUGUCACAAAACAUUUUGCCAUUUUUGAUUACACAAAAUACACAGUGUCUCCGGAGUUACUCGUUACUAUGUUCAUUUUAUUAGGGUGUGUGUGAUUUGUUAUGAAGGAUAAGGAUAGAUUAGUACAAUAGGAUAUUAAUAUUAGUUACGGAUAUUAGCUGACUAAUACACCGAGACAAACAACAGCUCAUAACAUAACAAUCCUGAAAUCUAGUCAACUGUUUUAUCUUUAAGGCCAUUAGGAGCUGAUACAUAAAACAAUAGGAAUUAUCUAUUGUGAUUUAAGAUAUAUGGUUGGAAGAUAUUUAAAUGAAAUCAGGAUUUUGAAUCCCAUAUAAUCUGUUGUUAUGCUUUGAAAGCCAUCUAAAAGUUCCAUCUUGAAGUUAGUUAUCGAUUUCCUAUUUUACUCUACGUCAAAGUAUUUAAUACGGAACUCAGAUAGCAUAAACAAUAAUAAUAAUAAUAGAUUCCGAGAAUUAUUGCAUAAUAUACGUCAUUUUACAGGCAUGAUCAGGUUGAUACAAAACAUUACUAAGUAACACUAGUAAUAACUAUAAGUCUAUUCUAUCUGGAAGAUGACUUCUAAUCAUUUUGGACAAAUCUGAUUUUUUUAAAAAGCAAAACUUUCAGUGUAAUCGAAUGGAUAUGUGUAUCCGUGAAACGAUUUUUCAAUACAACAUUAAUGAUUGUUUACACUCCAGAGCAUAGCAAAAUCAAUUUUCGUAGGCAUAAAUUCUCUACAAAUAUACAGACUGGUAGCAUAUACAGAGUUACUAAGCAUGUGGCAUAAAUGUACCCUCAGCACUCUUACGGAGAUGCAAAACUUAUUAAUCAAUAUAUAUAACUUAAUGGCUAAUUGCUAUGUUUGAAGAGAUUACGAGUUCGCCUAAAUCUGCGAACGGAACGAAGACUGAACAACACAAUAACCAAUAAGAUAGCUAUUCUAAGGCGUUCCAGCCCGUCUAACUUGAGUGAAGUCCAGGUUCAGCAAAGGGAAAUGUAUUCACAAGCAGCUAGAAGCACGCACAACUUAAGCGUAUAUAUACAGCAUAAAAAUGUCUUUGGGAAACGUUACAAAGUAGCAGAUUAAAAAAAACGAACCGAUGAUAUUUAAGGUCCUCCCAAGUGGGGACAACGACAUGAAGGUGAAAACGGGCGCUUUUGAUGCGAGAACAUGAAAUUCAAAAUUAAGUUACAAAAAUAAGACAUUUACCAAGUGAGUUCUGGAGAUCUAACAUCCCCAAUAUUCAUACAGUAAAUGUCGGCUCAUUAUCAUAAAUAUUAGACUAGUAUUAUACAUAUUACAGUUCUCUUGUAUUAUAACUUAAUCCGAAUAUUAUAUCAAGAGUUACGAAUUAUUCUAAUUCAACUUAGUAGAAAUUAGCCAUUACAUAGUAAUUUGUCCACCCAUUUAUGAAUCACACUAUAAGCUCUGUUCAUUAAUAUUACAUAUUUUCUCAUAAGAGGAUUAAGUGAAGUGGAUUUCAAACCUCCUAUUCAAUAAACCGUAUGUCAAGCAUAUCACCCAUUAUAUAAGAUAGCUAUCCACCUGUGUUACUAAUAAUAUCCUUAUCAAUCUACUGUUUGCACAGUAUAAUAUAAGUGUGGUGGAUGGUAUUUAUGCCGGCACAUAUAAGUAGUAUGUAUCACCAGUCGCGAGUGCAAUAUCUACCAACAGAAGAUUGAAUUAAGAAAAAAAACAGGAAGGGAAACAGAACGAUUGAAAUAACAACAUAAUUAGAACAAUCACAAAGUAUGUAAAUAACAACUGAAGAAGAAUGUGCAAAUAAUGUGAUCAUUGUAUAGCUUCCAUAUUUUGACAAGGUGUCGUGUGUAAUUUUACACACAAAAAAGACAAUAAAUUGGUUCACACUACCCGAGCUCUCGUUUACUACAUAAGUAUCGUAUCAUAAUUAUUUGUUCGAGUACCUGUUUACUCAUUUUAACCGGUACUGUUUUAACCUAACUUAAUUGUUCACUUGCUCAUUCAUAUACUACCAAUGUUACAUCCUUUUUACUUGACUAUAUUUAUUUAUUUAUUUAAACACAUAAAUAUUGGUACAAGGAGGCACCAAGUAGAUAUGCGCCACACAGACCUCAUUUGAUAUGUGUGAGGGCUGUGAUACUGCCCGGGUGCCCAAACCGAAGCAAGUGGUUUUCUUAGGGGGCCACAUCCGGAGCCUUCAACCUAAAGGUCUAACCCACAAGGCAAUGGAGUAUCCUGAGGAGAUUCAGUCCCAUGGUAGCCGGUGACCAAGGAUUGUUUUAUGCGCCAUUUGUUCCUUCAGGAUACUGGAGCCCAUGCGCACCGUUGGUUUGGAAUGAGGGUUUUCCAACUCCCCUAUAUGGACUCCAUAUCCACCAACCCAGUUAAAGCACCGGACAUCCGCUUUUCGUCCUCUCAAUUUCGUAAACGACACCCCCGCCACGAGAAGGCAGCGAGUAGGACUUCCCUGGCAGAGGCUGUGUACGCGUGGCCGUGUGAGAGCAUUUCGAGAGGGAGGGCGGGCCCACUCUACUCUCGGCUAUACCAGGGCAUUUGGGGGCUACUUGACUAUAAGUCUAGGAUUUCAUACAUAUAUAUAGCGAGAGAGAUUACUUUUGAUGAUAGUAUAUGCUUUUUUAUCUCAUCUUAUUGUUUGUGUUCUUCUCUUCUCCAAAACUUGAUCAAUCAAAAUAAUAGUCGGAAUUGUUUUAUUAUGUUGUACAACCGUAUCAAUUGUAUACAUAAUAUGCACAUGUAUUUCAUCUAAAGAUUAUCUAUUUCCUGAUGAUAAUAAUAAUAAUAAGUUAAAACAUUCUAUUUAUCAACCAAAUUCAUUUCUACUUCAACGACGUUUACGUAAUAAAUCUCAACAUGAUAAACAAAAACAACAAUAUUGUAAUAUUGAAUUAAAUAAGAUGAACACUUUAAAAAAUAAAAUAAAAACAAAAAAUAAAUUCUAUGAAAUGUAUUUAAAAAAUGAAUCAAUUAAACAAACAACAGAUAGACAACGAUUACUUGAUUAUAAUAUACGGGAUAGUAAUGUUCCCAAUAGUUACAAUGUCGGUUGUCAUGAUGAUGAAGAAUAUAAUCGAUUUUCUAUUCAACAUAUAGAUGAUGAAACUUUUUUAAAUUUACUUCGUCAACCAAAUAGUAAAUAUCCUUAAGAAUGCUUAAAAUUUUUAUUCUAGUAAUCUAUUAGUGACUUAUUCUUUCAGUCUCUUACUUUGUUACUACAUGUUGUGAUAUUGAAAUUUGUGAUAUAACCAUAGUGAUUUAGGUGCAUUAUGAUUUGAAGUUUAUAUAGAUGGCUGUGUUUCAUGUUAUUAUUGUAUUUAUGCAUAGGCAAGUGGCAUAAAUUUUUGUGUUUUCUUGUUUUUAUUAUAUUUUCAAAUUAACUGUAUCUACUUUUGAUUACUUCGUUUAUGUAUAUGUAUUGACACAUAUUUGUAUGAACAUGUAUCAUUUAAGGUAUCAGUUCGAUUAUUACUUUUUGUGUAUGUGAUGGAUAUUUGUGAUAUUUUGCCAAGUUUUCUUUGGUUAUUUUUGUUUAUGAAUUUUUAUUAAAUAUUAUUUAGUUACUAGUUUUUUUUUAAUGUUUCAUUUUGAUUAGAUUUCAUGAGUGUCAUCUAUUGUGAUGUGCUGUGUCCGAAAUCUGAUACUAACAAGGUGUGCUACGUGUUAACCCCCCCCCCGAAUGACUACUUGAGCGAGGAAGUGUAUUGGGCUACCCGAUGAAAUACACUUGACCUUUAGGCGACUUGUAAUUGCCAUCGAUUAAACUUUUCAUUAGGCUACUCCUUAUUGGCUCUUCAUAUCAUCUAUCACUAACCCUACUGGAUCGUUAGUUGAUCGUUACAAGAAUCAUACUAAGGAAUACUAAUAUAUAAAAGAUUUAAUUUCAAAUGAAAUUACUGAGAUUAGCGAGUGGAAAGUAUCAAUUUAGAGGGGAAUGUGAAUGAUUAAUUCAGCUCGGUGGUAUUGUAACCGAUUUUAUGCCAUAUCACUUUUACCAAUGUGAAUAUCUGCUCCUCUUGAAAUGUUUCAUUCUAGCCAUUAAUGGUAUCAUGAACAGAUUCUGUCCCUUAAUGAGUCUUUCUUAAUUAUUAUGGAGCUUGGCAUAAAUAUGCAUUAGCUUAAGUCAUCACACCAUGUCAGCACGGGGAGAUGAAAUCAACAAAAUAGAUAUCGAAGAAGCAGUAAUAAUCACAACAAUAAUAGUGAGAAAUUUUAUGCAAUUAGUUCCCUUUAUGAAUUAAAAUAAAGCCAGAACUGAACAUACGUGGAUGCAGAAUAAUGUGAAUUCAUUAUAUUUCGUGGUUUCUCAUCAGCUGCUUACAACCAAAUAUGUAUUAAAAUUUCACAUUUAGGUAAGAUAUAAUGUGAAACGAUUGACAUAGAUAAAUGAGAAGAAUUGAAAUGAGAAAGGUUGGCCGCUGAGAAUAUGAUUCCAGAAGAUGGGAUGAAAAGGUAUGUAGGAAGUAUUCAAUAAAUAAAGUUUAGUAUUAAAAUAAAUGGACCUGGAUCGUUGUAACUACUUCUGACCCAUGUCUUCAAUCGAUCAUAGCCUUUAUCAUGUGGGUCUCCAUCAGGCAUCUUACACCCACCAACAUGGCUUAGAAUUACAGUCCAUGAUUUCAUGUACUGAUGACAUAUCUUGAUUUGACAGCUUCCUUCCACACCAGACAACAAACGCACUUCGAGGUAGACGGUGGAUGGACAUAUAAACGUGAUUUAUUCUUAACCCUUUACACCAUAAAAAUGUUCAGAGCUCCCAAGAUCUUGGUAAAGGGUGUGCUACUUUUCUAUUACUUACUUACGCCUGUUACUCCUCGUGAAGGUGCAUAGGCCGCUCACCAGCAUUCUCCAUCCAACCCUGUCCUAGGCAAUCCUUUCCAGUUCCUAUUCAUAUCUGCUUCUAUUAUCCGACGUAAUGUGUUCUUUCCUAUUAAAUAACUUUAAUAAGUAUAUAUCUAACACUUUGAAAGAAGAUCACCUUUAGCUCGGUGAUAAAAACACCUAUUUAAAUAACAACUCAAGGUUCGGUUUCUAAGAUUUGGAAUGUUUAUGGUGUUUUCAUGGUGUAUAAUAAGACUAGAUAAUGUGAUUGGUUGAUUAGUUGUCGAUCUGCAAUUUAGUUAAUAGAUAGACCGUACAUAUGUGUGCAAUGUAUGAAGACCUUUCAACCGUUCUUAAUAAUCAAAUCAAAUAUGUUUAGGUCAUUCAUACUGUAUUUUCAUUUUCCCUCCAUCAACCAAGUCUGAAUUGAGAACUAUUUUCAGCUAUAUAAUUUCAUACUGAAGGUAUUCCAGAUAUAAGAUUAGUCUAGAAUAUCUCAAACAGAUUAUACUCGUGGCUCUCAUAGGUCGGUCUAUUACUGAUAAAAAUUCCCGAGUGACAUAAUUAGUUGAGAGACAUUUCGCGUAGAUAUUGGUGAGAUCAACCUCAAAGGAACACAAUGAUCCUACUGUGAAAACCAGCUUGAUGGAGUUGGUGAAACCUGCUUUUAAUAAAAUCGAAAGCCUCGUUCGUAGGCCUUUCUUAAAGUAUCUAAGAAGCGCAGAGGGCAUUCAGGCGCUCUUUCGAACUGCCAAAGUUGGCGUAGUUACUAUGCCACACAGUUGUACUAUCGCAUGGAUAGUUUCUCAAUCUAGUCAAAUGAUAAAUUGUGUUGACUGCUCUCAGAGUAUCCGUCACCUGGCUAUCCUUCAUAGUUGUUAUUGUAACGGGUUCUACAUAUGACACUGUCGGCCCUGUAACUUAUUUGGUAAAGCGAAAAAUCUACUAACGAAAUGAAACCCACACCUAGUCUUCCUUGAGUGCAUCAUAGAAACCGCAAACUUUUGUGGCCAAAUGCGAAGUGAUGGAAAAUCUAAUUCAUGAAAGUUCUCCGUACUCAGGUUAAAGUAAACUUAAAAAGAAAGAAUAUUUAAUACUUAUGACAGAACUGUUCCGCGUCUGACUUCUGUUUUUGCAAUAUUCAAAUGAUAUUAUUUUAACACAUUACGACCCUUAUCGAUCUUGGAAAACUUUUGGAAACACUGGAAAGCUGUUUAGACUAUGCACGAGAUUUAUCUGCUUUACGCGUACUCGACUCCACCGAGGAUCGUACCCAGGACAUUCAACCUUAGUAAUGGAUGCUUAACUGCUAGACCACAAUCGGUGAUCAAUAGUGUUCAUGUGCAAUAUCACAAUUGAUUAAAUUUAGACAUAUAUACUAGUGGAUCCUAGUUCAGUUGUCUAGAGGCUAAGGGCUUUCGUACAAGACCGAAGGUCAUGGAUGCUCAACACUAAGGAGUUCAAUACUAAAACUGAACUGGUGUUUAGUGCUUCCUGGUUGUCAGUGGUUUUCUAACUAAUAUCAAUCAGUAUUAUAAUCCAGCAAUCUAUAGUAAUGGUGUUAUUUUGUCUACCACACCUGUUGUUAUAUUUAUUAUGCCAAUUUUUAAUUUGAUUAUCAUCAAAGUUUAAAGCAUUAAAGUAGCAAGUGUUUAUAUUCAUUCAAAAUUUGAUUUAAAAAUGUCUGUUAUAAGUUGGUGAUAGAUUAUUUGUUGUAAGAUUCCAUGUUACUUGAGGAUUUCGCACUAAAUAAUGAUGUUUAACAAAUACCACAUUUCAAACAAACGUAGAUUUGCUACAACUCGCACGAACUUCCAACUCUUUAAUUCCUAUCUAUAGGGUUAACUAUUCUAUCGAUCUCACUAGUUGUACCAGCGAUAUAUGGUUGACUGAUGGUCAAAUAUCAAGGGAACUCCAUUUUUACGGCUCCAGUUACAGAUAAGCAAAAACAAUGUGAAACCUAUCACAGUCAUGUACUAGUCUAAGCUGUUACAAUAGGAGAGCGAAUAGAAAUAAUCAGAUGAAAAACUGAAAACUAAAAGGAAUUAGUGGAGCUAUCUCAUUGUCAUAUAUGUUGGAGUAUAUGUUCCAGAUUCCUGUAUCAUUGUCUUCUUUUGGCUCAUUAAACUAGAUCAGCUCAUAUUCUUAUCCCUGAACAGUUGCCGUCAAG